AUGUGGCUACUCCAGUGCAUCGGGGUCCUCUUGGGCAUUGGGGUCCAUCUUCACCCAGCGAGCACCUUCCCCUUCAUCCUCACCCAGCUCAGCACCCGUAAGAGCAGCUGCAAGCUGAUCCCCAGCAGCAUGACCCUGUGCCAUGGAGUGGGCUAUGGAGAGAUGCGUCUGCCCAACCUGCUGGGCCAUGACACCAUGAAAGAGGUUCUGCAGCAGGCCGGAUCCUGGGUGCCUCUUCUCACCAAGCAGUGCCAUGCCGACACCAAGAAGUUCCUGUGCUCGCUCUUCGCCCCCGUCUGUCUGAGCGACCUGGAGGAGGCCGUCCACCCCUGCAGAUCCCUCUGUGAAGAGGUCCGCGAUGGCUGCACACCAGUCAUGGCUGCCUUUGGCUUCCCUUGGCCCGACAUGUUUAACUGCACCCAGUUCCCUGAGGGCAAUGAGCUGUGUGUGCCCCCUGCUGGCAUGGAGGAGAAGCCACUGGUGGUGAAAGAAGAGCUCCCGUGUGCUGCCUGCCAGAAUGGAGGAGACGUUGACAAAGCAUUCCUGCAAGAUUUUUGCUCUUGGGAUUUUGCCCUGAAGAUCAGCAUCCACUCAACGUCCACCCUGGAUGGGGACCUCAUGGUGGUCCCAGAAGUGAAGAGCAGGACCGUGUACAAAGCUAAAGGGUGGACAGAGGAGGAACUGAAGAAGAAGACCUACCUGUGGCUGACAGACGGG